GCGAGCGAGAGUGAGAGAGAGCGAGCUGUAAGAGAAUGGUCGGAGAUGAGAAGAUAGGUUUAAUGCUGAGUCGCGCAUCGCGGCUUCGCCUCAAGAUAACCGACGCAAUUGACCGCAGCGGCGAUAAUGAAAUUGGAAGGGAGUGUGAUGAAGAGGGGAUUCUCGUCGGCAUCAGAGAAGCCCUUGAAUCCCUGGAGAAGCAACUUGCUUCCUUGCAGGAUUUGCAGCAGCGACAAAGAUAUGAGAGGGAAGUAGUCUUAACCCAAAUUGAUCAUAGCCGCAAGACAUUGUUCAUCAAGCUAGAAGAGUACAAGGGAGAUGAUCUUGAAGUCAUCCAUGAGGCUGCUGCUUUUGCUGCUGAGGCUGUUGCGCAGGAUGAUGUCUUCUUUCUUCCUUCUUCGUCAUAUUUUGAUUCAAAGAACAACCCAUCUAAGAGUGAUUUUACAGUGGACCCCACACCUGAAAAUAAUAGGGAUAAUGAAUCGUACAUGGAGCUGACUGCUCAACCAGCCAGCCAUAAUAAGCAAAAGUGGAUGGCAUCUGUUUUGGGAUUUAUUGCUAGAUCAGCCAUUUGUUUUGUGGGCUUGGUUUCUGUUUUGAGUCUCACUGGCUUUAGACCGGAAAUCAGAAAAAGAGAUACCUCAAAUGAUCUUUUUGAGCUCCUGUCUAAGACUGCAGGUGAGGUGAGAGAUGUAUCGAUUCAUUGUCCACCUGGUAAGGCAUUGGUGAUUGAAGAUGGGAAAGCCAGCUGCCUCGUCAAAGAACGUGUAGAAAUCCCAUUUGGCUCAGAUUUUGAAAACUUAAACAUAAAUAUUGCGUUUGGUUAAAGCUGUCAAAAUUCCAAUUUGUAAAAUUUAAAGCUAUAAUACAGGUAUUAUUAGUCCUUUAAGUUGUGUGAUGCACCACACUAGGUAUGAAUUCUACAUUCACAUAAAGUUGUUAUGAAUGA